AUGGCAAACCGACCCAGCCAGACACUGUCUCUGGCCCCGUCCUCAGACACAAUGAAUGAUAUCAUCUUCUCCCAGCCAGAAAGCCAAUCAGCCCAGAGUGAAGCUCCUCAGUCGCCACACAAACCAUCAUCGCCAAAAGACGUCGCACAGCAGACUCCCCCAUCCCAAUCUCUAGUCGCCCGACCAAAGAACAAUGCGACUCCCAGAUCAGCACGCCCCCGUCUCUCCUCAACGCCUCUUGCGCCCCCAGAAGACCACACCUUCAUGCCCGCCACGCGGCACGCGCUCGAACAAGCCCUGGGCAAAGCCUCACUAGACCGGCACGAAGUCCUUCUCCAACAAGAAAAGAAGCACACUCAAGACUACAUUGCCCAGCUCCAAGACGCCGUCAAGCAAAAAACCAGCAUCGCGCCAUCGGCCCAAGAGUCGCUUCUCCGCAAGGAAAUCACCAUGUGGAAAGCCAAAGCGCAGGAGCUGGAUGAAAGUGCCAAGACGGAGAUGCAGUUGUUGAGGGAGUGUAAUGGCAGGAUGGAGGAGGAGUUGAUUAUGGUGAGGUCGGUGGCAGAGGGGUUGAGGAGGGAGAUGCAUAGGUACCGGGUAGAAGAGGAGAAGAAUCAGCUGGGUUAUAUCAAGAUGCUUGAGGAGGACAAAGAGGAGCUGAUAUGGAAGCUUAGUUCGGUGGAGCAUGAGAAUGACGGGUUGAUGGAUGAGGCGAAGAAGUUCAAGGAAGAGGUUGAGAGGUUGAAAAAGGCUGCGAAGGGAGUGAAGGGCGGGGAGGGUAAAGAUGGUGAGGUGGAGAAGAGGAAGGCUAGGAAUUUAAAGAGGAGGGCGAGGGAUAGGAAGAGGAGGGAUCUGGUGCUGGUCAAGGAGAAUAUGGAGUUGGCGGCCAGACUUGCGGAGAUGGAGAAGCAGGAGAGCUUGGAGGUUGAGGAUGAGAUUUGGGAGGGGUUUCCGGAGAGUGAUGAGGGUGCUGAGAUGGUGCAGAAGGAUGAGGCUGUGUCUGGUGAGAAGAGGAAGAGUAAGAAGAAAAAGAAGAAGGGGAAGAAAGUUAUCAAGAAGGAACAGUGA